AUGGAAAAUGACGUCAAGGUCGCGGAGAAAGUGGAGGAAGCUGACCGCCUUCUUCCUCCUCCCCAGUCUCUUCCCUCUAAUUCCGACGAGGAAGAAUCCGAAUCCGAAUCAGAGGCCGCGUUCGAAUCUCGUGACAAGAUCGUGAUCGUCGAUUUCGAAUCAGCCGGCGAUCCCGCCGCAGCACCUCCUUUCUCGUGGCGGAAACUGUGGCUGUUCACCGGCCCUGGCUUCCUGAUGAGCAUAGCCUUCUUAGAUCCAGGGAAUCUAGAAGGAGAUCUGCAAGCUGGUGCCAUCGCUGGCUACUCUCUCCUAUGGCUCCUAAUGUGGGCCACCGCUAUGGGGUUACUGAUUCAGAUGCUCUCCGCUAGAGUCGGUGUCGCCACCGGUCGACAUCUGGCUGAGCUCUGCCGCGACGAGUAUCCGGCUUGGGCGAGGUAUGUGCUUUGGUCUAUGGCUGAGCUCGCUCUGAUCGGAGCUGAUAUUCAAGAGGUCAUCGGUAGAGGUGUCAACUGGGCGGACUGACCAUGGGCUAGUCCAGUCAAAUUCAUUUUGAGCGGGUUAUAGAUGUGCUCAAUUAAUAAAUGGUCCAACUGGACAAAAAACCAAUUAGUACAUGGUCCAGUUGGGCGAAGACCAAAUGGACAAUGGGUGUCCAUGGGCUUCAUAAAACAUAAUUUCAUGAGUUUAAUAAAAAAAACAUAACUUUACAAUAUAACCCAAAAAAAACAGUUUUAUCGUUAAAAUAAAAAAUUAACGAUUUUGACGGAAAACAUAAUUUCACAAUUUUGACGGAAAAAUUAAUUUCAUAAAUUUGGCGGGAAAAUUUAAUUUUUCGGUUUUGGCGGAAAACGCAAUUUCCCGGGUUUGGCGGAAAAACCCAAUUUCUCGGUUUUGGCGAAAAACGCAAUUUCUCGGUUUUGGCGGAAAAAAACAUAAUUUCUCGGUUUUGGCGGGAAAAUAAAAUUUCUCGGUUUUGGCGGGAAAAAGUAAUUUCUCAAUUUUGGCGGAAAACGCAAUUUCUCGGUUUUCGCAAGAAAACGCAAUUUCUCGGUUUUGGCGGAAAAAAACAUAAUUUCUCGGUUUUGGCGGGAAAAUAUAAUUUCUCGGUUUUGACGAGAAAAUGUAAUUUCUCAAUUUUGGCGGAAAACGCAAUUUCUCGGUUUUCGCAAGAAAACGUAAUUUCUCGGUUUUGGCGGAAAAAUAAAAAAAAAUUCGGUUUUGGCGAAAAAACGCGAUUUGACGGUUUUUACGGAAAAAUGAAUUUUUUCGAUUUUGAGAGGAAAACAUAGUUUUACAGUUUCGACAAGAAAAAAAUUACUUUUAUAAUUUUAGAAAGUAAAAAUAAUUUCAAAAUUUUAGAAAUAAAAUCUAAACUAA